GUAAGUGAGUGAGCGAGCGAGCGAGGAGGACCCUCUCUCUCCUCCUCUCUCUCUCUCCUCCACACACACACAGUCCCAUACACAUUCGCAGCAGCUGUGCCGCUGUCAGUCCUGGAAUGUAAGCGCUGCCGUCAGGAGUCCGAUUCUCCGACCGCUAAGCGCCGAGACGGAGCAGCGCUCACUCAGACACACAGAUGGAUGCUAAGCAGAGCAAAACCAAAGAAACCUAAAGGACACGAGUGAAAGGAAAUACAAUGCCUGUUCUGCCAAGGCUACCUUCCAGCUUAUUUCCAUAAUUCACAAGUCAUUCCGGACAUUUCCCUGCCGAUUGGAUACCAUGAUAGGCAAUCAAGCUCUGCUCCUGUUGAUGCUCUAUUUCCUGUGGCCCAGUACUGCACUGCCUUUCAUUACUGGGAAUAUUGGGAAUCUGUUUGGGAUGCCAGAGAGUGAUGGGAAGGUUCUUCAGCGUUCCAAACGGGGAUGGAUGUGGAAUCAAUUCUUUCUGCUCGAAGAGUACACAGGAAAUGACCAUCAAUACGUUGGCAAGCUGCACUCCAACGCGGACAAAGGCGACGGCACCGUGAAGUACGUCCUGACCGGAGACGGGGCUGGCACCCUGUUUCUGAUUGACGAGAAAUCCGGAGACAUCCACGCCACCAAGCGGCUGGACCGGGAAGAGAAAGCCAUGUACACGCUUCACGCCAAGGUCCUGGACAGAAACACCAACGCAGAACUCGAACCCGACACCGAGUUCAACAUAAAGAUCCACGACAUCAACGACAACGCGCCCAGAUUUGACAAGGAGGUGUACUACGCCAGCGUCCCUGAAAUGUCUGAAGUCGGUACGUCUGUGGUCACAGUGACUGCCACUGACGCCGAUGAUCAAACAUACGGAAACAGCGCCAAGCUGGUGUAUAGCAUCCUGCAGGGGCAACCAUAUUUUUCUGUGGACUCAGAAAACGGAACCAUAAAGACAGCUCUACCUGGCAUGGACAGAGAGGUGAAGGAGCACUACCAGGUUGUGAUUCAGGCCAAAGACAUGGCAGGACAGAUGGGGGGGCUUUCAGGGACCACGACAGUCAGCAUCUCCCUCUCCGAUGUAAACGACAGUCCGCCACGCUUCGCCAACCAUUCCUUCCGAGUGACUACGGUGGAGUCUACGGAGAUAGGUGGCGCCAUCGGACGCAUCAAGGCCGACGAUCCCGAUGUGGGCCAAAGCGCCGAGAUGGAGUACAGCAUCGUUGGCGGUCACGACACAUUCAACAUCAUCACCGACCAGGCGACGCAGGAAGGAGUCAUCAUUAUUAAAAAGGCGCUGGAUUAUGAAAGUAAGAGGGACUACGAGUUCAGAGUGGAGGUGAAAAACACCUACUUAGACGCCAGGUUCAUCCACGGCGUGCAGUUCAAAGACUACGCCACGGUCAAGGUGACGGUGGAGGAUGUGGACGAGCCGCCCGUCUUCGCCCGCAACCCUUACAUCAUCGAAGUUCACGAGGACACGGCCGCCGGCAGCUUCGUCGGCGUUGUGCUGGCCAGGGAUCCUGACGCAGACAACAAGCCAGUGAAAUACUCCAUUGACCGACACACGGAUCUUGAAAGGCUGUUCAACAUCGAUUCUGUGAACGGCACCAUCACAACGCUGAAAUCCCUCGACAGAGAAAUGUCCAAAUGGCACAACAUCUCUGUGGUGGCCACCGAAAUAAACAACCCUCGGCAGACGACUCGAGUGCCCGUGUUCAUCAAGGUGUUGGACGUCAACGACAACGCUCCCGAGUUCGCCAUGUCCUACGACACCUUCGUCUGUGAAAACGUCAAGGCAGGACAGCUGAUUCAGACAAUAAGCGCUGUUGACACAGAUGAACCGCUUGUCGGGCACAAGUUUGUCUUCAGCAUAAGCGCCACCAACCCAAACUUCACCAUCGUUGACAAGGAAGACAACACUGCCAACAUCCUGACGAGGAGGGGCGGGUUCAGCCGGCGUGAGAUGAGCAUGUACUUCCUCCCCGUGGUGAUCUCAGACAACGACUACCCCAUCCAGAGCAGCACCAGCACGCUGGUGGUGCGCGUGUGCGCCUGCGACAGUCGCGGCAACAUGCAGUCCUGCAGCCCGGAGGUGCUGCCCUUCUCGGACGGCCUCACCACCGGAGCGCUGGUGGCCAUCCUGCUCUGCGUGAUCAUCCUGCUCAUGAUCGUGGUGCUGUUCGCUGCCCUGAGGAGACAGAGGAAGAAGGAGCCUCUGAUCAUCUCCAAAGAGGAUGUCAGAGACAACGUUGUCAGCUACAACGACGAGGGCGGAGGAGAGGAGGACACUCAGGCCUUUGAUAUCGGCACGCUGCGCAACCCGGAGGUGAUGGAUGCUAACAAGCUUCGCAGGGACAUCAUACCCGAAAUGCUGUUUCCCUUUCGGAGGACAUCACCGAUAAAGGAUAACACGGAUGUGAGAGACUUCAUAAACGGGCGGCUGCAGGAGAACGACGCCGACCCCACGGCGCCCCCUUACGACUCCCUGGCGACCUACGCGUACGAGGGAACCGGGUCCCUGGCGGAGUCCCUGAGCUCACUGGAGUCUGCCGCCACCGAGGGGGACCACGACUACGAUUACCUCAGCAACUGGGGACCACAGUUCAAGAAGCUGGCGGAGAUGUACAUAGGGAGAAGCCCCGACAGAGAGACCUAAACGAAGCCAUCCGUCUCUCUACGAUCCAAACUCCUUUUCAAUGUCCUUUCGGCUAACUAGCUAGCCAGACACAUGUUUGUCUAGUUAGUUAACUAGCCUGUCUGUCUUAAUAUCUAUCAAGCUAUCUGUUUGUCUAGUUUGCUAGCUAGCUUGAUAGUCAACUGGUUGUCUGUUUGCUCCACCUACAAAUGUGUGUGAAAAUGCACAAACUCAUGCGCACUAUAUUAAACCCUCAUGAGGAAGAUUACAUGGAAACGGGAAAGCUGUGUUCGAAAUGUUCACUCACAAAAUUACUACACGACAAAUUGUCCCAGUAAUUAUCGCGAUAAACGGUAAUGUUGUUGUCUGAUGCCAUUUUAAAGUAAUAUAGUAUGUCAUCAACUUCCUAAAAGUACAUUUUGCCAAUUGUGAUGUGGGAACAGGAAAGCUAUGUUUGAAAUGUUAUCGCGAUAAACAAUAAUAAUGUUGUUGUUUGAUACCGUUUUAAAGUAACGUAUAUUGUCAGCUUCCUACAAUUCACUGUUGGCCAAAAGUAACAUGGAAACAUUAAAUCUAUGUUUGAGAUAUUCACUCACAACAUUUUAUAAAGACAAUACUUUGUCUCUAAUUAUCGCGAUAAAUGACUUAAGAGGUUUUGAAACCAUUUUCAAAAAAUUUAUAAUCAGUUUCAUAAAAGUCAUUUUUGGCCAAAAAUGACGUGGAAACAGAAAAGCUAUGUUUGAAAUAAUCACUCAUAAAAUUUUUCUAGACGAUAUAUUAUCUCCAAUUAUCACGAUUAUGUUAACAUUGUUGUUUUAGAUCAUUUUCAAGUAAUUUAUACCGUCAGCUUCCUAAACAUCAUCUUUGGCCAAAAGUGACCUGGAAACAGGUAAGCUAUAUUGUAAAUCUUCACUCACAAAAUUUUAACAAUAAAUUGCCUCAGUAAUUAUCAUGAUAAACACCAAUGUUUUUUAGACCAUUUAUAAAGUAAUAUAUCAUUUUCCUGAAAGUCAUUUUUUCUCAGAAGUGAUUUUUAUUGUUUAGAACAUGGUUUGGAAAAAUCACUUUUGAGCCAUUAUUUUAGGGAGGUGACAAUAUUCUUUAUAGCACAAUAAUUUAAGCUCAGUAACAAACAAUAACAAACAAUUGUUUCCAAAUCAGUUUCUUUCUAUAAAAGUCUUAUGAAACUUUAGCUAAAACUGCAGCUGGUAAGUUUUGUUUGUUAUUCACUCAAUAGGUAGAAAAUCCAGAAAUUUAACUCUUCAUAAAAUCACUCAAGUAAAACGUAACUUUUCUCAACAAAAUUACCAAAGUGAAAGUAACUAGUUCCCUUUUCCUUUACCCAGUAACGUUUAAAGCCAAAACAAAACGCCGAUAUUUGUAAACGAUUGGACAAUUCGAACACAGAGCGAGACUUGAAGCGAGUUUUCUAUAAGCAGAUCCAAUAUAAAUCUCAGUCUUUUGCUUUUUUUUUUGGUCAUAAUCAGUAAAGAUGCCUUUAAAUUUUAGGACUUUUGUGAACAAUGGUGUGAAUAAUGUGUUUUGUAAUCAACAUGAACGAUAGUAGUAUUGUAUACUAUCAAUGUUAAAUGGUGCCGGCUCGGUUUGGGUGGGAAACGGGGGAAGGAGUCUGACGGCUUUUCCAGCCAACUCCAUUAAAUACUGUAAAUGUACAAAGUGUUUUUAAUGAUGGACAUCGUAUAAACUAUUUGCUAUAUCUGUUUGACGAACAAUGUUCAUGUGAAUGGUUGGUGGAGUUUCUUUUUGUCAAACUGUGAAUCCAUUUCAUCAUGUAGGUGUAAAAUGUAAUGGAAAGUGUUGUAGGAAACUGUCACACACUGCUUUCAUGCUAUUUGAAUGCUGAGUCAUAUUGUUUUAUAUUUAUAUUUUUAUACUUAUUUUCUUAAUAAAAUGAUCUGAAAAGGGU